AACAAAACACAUUUUGUUCAAAAUGUCGGAGGAGACAGCAACGGUUCCAUUGCCCACCUGGCUGAAGGCCGAGCUAUUCGAGAAAUUACUUAAGGAACGUUUUGGCGACAGGUAUGUGGGAAUCAAGAGCUUCAAGCCGGAGGCCGGUCUCAAGCCGGGUGAAAAUUACUCCACCAUUAUGCUACGCCUCCGCUUCGAAGUGGAACUGAGUGAUCACACCACCGAAAAUGUGAGCUACAUGCUGAAGACGCCGCACGACUUUGAGAUGUACCGCGAGAUCCUGAAGAAGAACAACAUGUUCGUGGUGGAGCGGGAUGUCUUCCUGCAAGUGAUUCCCGAGCUGGAGCAGAUGUACAAGGACGCCGGCUUGGAGGUGCAGUUUGGGGCCAAGGCCUACGAAAUCGAUGCCCCCGACGAGUACGUCCUACUGCAGGACCUCCAACCCUUUGGGUUCAAGAACGUCGAUCGCCUGGAGGGUCUGGACAUGGCCCACACCAAGGGUGUGCUAAAGAAGAUGGCCCAGUGGCACGCGGCCUCGGCCAACAGGCUCCAUCUGAAGGGUCCUUACACCCAGAACUACUUGCAACCCACCUAUGCGGAUAGCAUGAAGGAUAACAUCGAGCAGGUGGCCGAGACUUUGGGAAAGUACCUACUCAAGUGCCUGCCUCUUUACGAGGGCUACGAGGAGUACAGCGAGGCGGUGCACAAGAUCCAUCCGAAAAUAGUGGAUCUGAUGUUUGCCAUGAACACGCCCGAUCCGCAGGACUUCAAUGCCCUGAACCACGGAGAUUGCUGGACGAACAACAUUAUGUUUAGGUAUGAGGGAGAGUCCCCCGAACCGGCCGAGACCUAUUUCGUGGACCUGCAGCUGCCAAAGGUGACCUGCGUGGCCCACGAUCUGAUGUACUUCCUACUGGGCUCGACGAAAUUCGAAAUUCAGUUGAGUCAGUUCGAUUACUGUAUCAAGUACUACCACGAUCAGCUGGUCGAGCACUUGCGAUUGCUGAAGUACCCCGAGGCCAAGACCCCCUCGUUGCGAUUCCUACACACUCAGCUGUUGAAAUAUGGCCGAGUUGGCUACCACACUGUCCUAAUGCUCUGCCCACCUGUGCUGCUCGACCGAACUGACGACGCCAACUUGACCGAUUUCGUCACCGACUCGGACACUGGCGAUGGUCUCAAGAUGGCCAUGUACUCCAAUGCCCGCUACAAGAAGCAUGUCAGCGCCAUUCUGACCUGGCUCAACAAUCGAGGGGCCCUUCAGAUCUAACUGAUUUCGUUUAAUAGCCGACAGAUGCAUUGAAGUAUUACGUUCUGGUGAAGGGGCUUCGCUUACGUAACAACUGGAGAACCAAUCUAAAGUGAUUAUUUAAGCUUUCUGAAUACAGUAAAUAAUUGGGAAACCAAUUUAAAAUAAUGAUAUUUUCCAACAACAAUCAAGCAGACUAUGCCGCAUUUAAAAAAAAACUGACAUGACAGCUAUAAAAUUAAAAAGUGUUUUUCUAUAAUUAAGUAAAUAAAAUUUUAAAAACAAAAAA